AUGUUUGCGACACUCCCAGAUUUUACGCCGCGAGAUUCGCACACUCUGUGGUACUCGUCUUCUAGGAAUCCCUUCAUCCCCCCAGGCCCUGUCGAUAGCCUACAUGCAGAUCCGAAUAAUGGCCACCAUGGACCGACGCAUUCGCGCCAGCGCGGGCAGAUGCUGGAGCGAACGCAGCUUGCGCGCCUUGCCGCAGAUGAGCAUAAGAUGCAGCGACGCCGAAUGAAUGUGCAGAACUUUGGCAGCACUUGGCUAAAACCUCCUGGAGUACCUAAGACCUUGCACCAGAUGCGGGAGGAGAAGCGUGAACAAGAAGAGCACCAGGAAGCUAUGCGACGAGAGCAACUUGCUCAGGAGCUGGCGGAAGCCGAGGGUGGUGGCACGAUGGAUGACGGCAUGAUGGAUGACGUACAGCUCGAUGGGGCACAAGAUCUAGAUGACGAAAUUCCAGAUGCAGACGACGGCUUUGAUCCAAGCAGCGACGAUAGCGAGGAUGAUGAAAACGAAGACGAGGAGAAUGAAGAAGAUGAUGAUGACGAAGAGGCAGUAAGAGAAGCAGAGGCAGAUGACCAAGCUCUACGAGAGGCAUUGGAGCAUGCCCGAAUGAGAAUGACGGACGAUGCGUUCCGGGAAGCCCUUAUCCGCGGUGACCCGGAAGCGGAUGGCAGCGUAUACGGCGAUGGUGAAGAAUUGGAAGACGAGGAUCGAGAACAGAUACUCGAUGAGGAUGACUUUGGCUACGAUGGGAACCUGGACGAUGGCAUGGCAGGUGACAUGGAUGCCGAUCUCGAUGAGGAUAUCCCCGAGGCUGAGGACGGCGGGUACGAGCACACCGACUCUGAGGCUGAUAUCAGCAGCAUCACCCGGGUUGGAGAGCGACAGAGCUAUGAAGACGAAGAUGUGGACGUGAAUGUAGACGAGGAUGAAGAAGGUGAAGGUGAUACCACCGACACACACGACCUCAGCUUCAUGCCGGCGCGCGCUACACCCCUCGCAGCCCCUGCGUCCCCCACGUUGCCGCGCCAUUCGGGCUUCCGCACGGGUCCCCGCCCAAGCAUCGAUCUGAGUGCAUUGCUGUCGCAGGACGAGAGCAGCAUCAUGAUGAUGGAAAGUAGCCCUGCGGUGAUGAUGAGGAGAAGGCCAGGUCAGAGGAAGUAG